AUGGCUGAAGGGAGGGGGUUUGGAAUGUAUAUUGUUAAUCCCAGGAAUACCCGAGUCUGCUGCAUUGCAUUUAACCCGCCGGGAAUGACACCGUUGACAGGCAAUAGCACUUCGUUGCCGAGGCUUGCCACUGCGAGUGACACCGUUGCGAGGGGAGCUCCUGACUUCCAUGUCGGAUACAGUUCGGGAUACAGUCGAAACCGACUGAGGGGACGGGAGCGCUGCUCUGUUAGGCUUUGGGUUGGUGGGCAGAUCGCCUGCUCGAUGCAAGCCGCCUUGGAUGGCAAACUCAUCACCGUCGAUAAACUCUUUGAUUAUACAAAUGGGAAUUUCCUUGUUAAUAAGAAUUUCCAAUUUGAACGGCGUUAUGUGAAGUUCGACCUGGAUGCUCUCUGCGAUGUCGCUGCCGCGGCAGGCGUCGAAGCAUCCCCCAUCAAGGCAGUUGAAAAGAUGGAAGGAGGUUUCAACAAAGCCCUGCUAAUGAAGAAAGAAAACGGGAUGGAAAUUAUUGCAAAAAUCCCGUGUCGCAACUCUGGACCAGCAGUGUACACUACCGAAUCAGAGCUCCCCGCGUAUUGCAGCCUCUAUCUCCGGGCUUUCUCUAGGGAUAUUCCAGGAUACAAGUUGCUUGGCUCGGAUGCCGGCCCCUCAACAUCAAACUUCGUGGGCCGCUCAGGAGACAGAUCAUUCAUCAUGGAUGGCUGUCAGGAAUGGGACGGCUCCAAAUUAGAUCCCGGACCAUGCGAUAUCAAUGCUUCCACUAUUUCUGCAAACACGAUGGCCUAUUUUCCUCGAGCCACCACAAGAUUAUGCUCGAGGAUUAGAUUUCAAAAGCCGGAGCUUCCUGACGAUUUCGAGUGGCUGGACUGGCGAGGUUUCCCUGGCCAUUGCCCAUACUCUUUUAGCCAAGAGGAGAUAGACGAGCAUGAUUCCCAGUUCAGGGAGUAUGAGGAUUGGCACAAGGUACAUGAGUUAGCGAGGAAAUGCUUGGAUACUGAUGAAGAUGGAUGGAUACCUGCCGAUAUGGAUAUCACGGAGAAACGUCAGCAAAGCCAAGAACAAUUGAACAUGUUCAUCAACCAGAUGGCAGCCGAAAAAUCCCUAGAAGAAGCGAGACGGAUGUGGCCUCUCGUUGAAAAUUGCCACUUCACCAAGAAAAGUCACUAG